UGCAUUCCUGGGGUGCGUGAUGCAUGGCGUGCACAUUUCAAAAUGGACAUCCAUACCACAGCCCGAUACACCUACCAACCCCUUCCCACCAAUCCCAGCACCAUCCGCGUCCUCCGUUUACUGCCCAGUGAGCACAACGAUGCCCCCAUCGAAUGCCAGCUCCACAAUUAUGUCCUCCCAGACUCAGGAACAGGACGACACCCAUACGAAGCAUUGUCAUACGUCUGGGCCAGCGGGAUCAAGCCACGAUCGAUCUUCAUAAACGGAACCCACUUACCAGUGACCGAGAACCUCCACGCAGUGAUGUCACGUCUACGCGACCACGGUCUGCCACGGAUACUAUGGAUCGACGCAAUCUGCAUCAACCAAGAAGACGACAAAGAGAAAUCGCACCAGGUGCCGCUAAUGGGGACGAUCUACGGCCAGGCAAGCUGCGUGCUUGUCUGGCUCGGCGAGGAGCAAGAUCGCAGCAGUGAGGCAAUGGAAUGUAUACGAUUAGCUUCCCAGGAUGAGAGGAAGAACGUUCAUCACGAACAGGCUCUACGGAAGCUUCGCGGGAUGGACCUUGAGGUUUCGAUGUGGAAUGAGAAGCAUAUUUUGGACGCUGCUGUCGCUCUGCUGAGGAGAUCUUGGUUUCGGCGCAUGUGGCUAACUACCUGCUGCCUGACCGGGUAUACCUUCGCCUUGGGGUUGCGGAAGAUGGAAAUACCGUACAAGGAUCACCCGGGUCUAUGGGGUCUGGUCAGGUCUCUGUUCGAUCUAAUAAUGGGUGCAAUAUUCCGUCCUGAAUACCAGGCAAGCUCCAGAAGCGGAUCCACCAUCAGCGAGCUCAUCGACAUGUAUCAUACCCACGAGGCGACAUGGAGCCACGACAAGCUCUAUGCCUUACUCGGCAUGUGCUCCGACGAUCCGAACACCGCAGCGCUAAAGCCCAACUACGAACUCCCGUGGGAGAAGGUAUUCGAGCAGGUAAUCCGAUACACUCUCCCAGAGAACACAUCCGUGACGACAUGGCCGCAGACCGAAGCAGCGGUUAUCCAAGCUAAGGCCCACAUUCUGGGAAUUGUAGGGACAGCCAGAAGCGCCGCUGCCGGGUCGAUUCUGGCGUUUUUGCCUAAUAAAACAGGAUGGACAAGUGAGAAUGAGGAGUGGACGGUGCCCGCUUCCGCAAAGUCCAUUUGCAAGGGGGAUAUCCUCUGUUUGGUGCAGGGGGCUUCCGAACCAUGCAUCAUCAGACCUCAUCGGAAUCACUCGACGGUUAUCAUGGUCAGUGCGAGGAUAAGAUUUGUUUCUACGCACUUGAGAGUCAAAGCUCUCGAUAGUGUGCGUGAUGUGAAAGGGAUGUAUCCGAGGGAUCUGCUCUUGGUUUGGGACUGGACAACGCGCGAUACAGAUGUUCAGGAAGAGGAAGAAGUUGCGUUGAUUGAAAGGUUCAGGGGGAUGCAGCCGUGUGGUGCAGAUGAUUCUAAAACACGCGAUCCCUCGCCCAUCUGGGAAGACAUCGCCGCGAUAACAGCAACUACGCACUGGAAGAGGAUGCAAGCGCUCAUGGAUGAACGGAACGAUCUCCCCAUUACCGAAGAGGUGGUCAAGACGGCUGCGGCAAACUCGCUCGGGGUCGAUAUGAUGAAACUUCUGCUGAAGGAAAGAGGCAAAAAGCUACCUGUGACAGACAAAGUGGUCAAGGCAGCUGCAGAGAGGCCCCGCGGGCUCGAUAUAAUGCAUCUUUUGAUCCAGGAAUUUGGCAAUGAACUACCUAUUACAGAUAGAGUGGUUGAGGCAGCUGCAGGAAACUCCUCGGGGCUCGGAAUAAUGCGCCUGCUGCUGAAACAAAGGGGCGAUAAGCUACCUGUUACAGAGGAGGUUGUCAGGAUUCUUGCCCGGGAGACUUCGGGAGUGGAUAUGCUUGCUGUUCUGCUGGAACAAAGGGGGAGGAGACUGCCUAUCUCCAAUGAGGCGUUCGCUAUACUUUCUGAGCCGGUGGAUGGGAAUUCUUUGGAAGAUAGGGCUAGACGAGCAUCACGCCUGGGGACCUUGCUGUCUGGCGCACGGGAGCAUUUGCCCUCGAUAAAGAUCCUACACGGACGCCAAUCGUCUGAUAAAGGAGUGCGUCAAUCCAACAGUCCUACGGCCUCGUUUCCUUGCUGCUGGUUCCUACUGUCGUCAGUGCGGACUCUGGUGAUUCUGGCCAGACCAGCGCAAUCAUUGUACCGGUCUAGUAUCAACCGCCUGAAGGCAUCUCUGGAGCUAGUCCUUAGAUCAUCACCUACACCAUACCAGGAGAACGUUGCGUUGGGACUUCCAAUGAUAUGGGAUUGUGCCGUGGAGACGGGAAUAUAA